AUGAACUUCAAACUGUCAGUUCUCUUGGCUUUGGCCGGACUCGUUGUGUUGAGUUUGGCCGAUGGCGAGACCAGCCCCAACUUCGAGCAGUCGUUUAACGAGGUGGAGGACAAAAAGAGUGACGCCAAGGAUGCUUUGGAGAAGCUGAAGGGUAAGACUUUUCAGCGGUUGCUUUAUGAGAGCAACUCAGAGUUAAACGCUUCAAUUUGCUUCAAAAUUUUCAUUGGUAUAUAUUCUAUACAUGCCAUAGAAUAGUACCUGCCUAUCUUAGCUUGAGCUUUUUUUAUUGAUCGUGAGAUUGGAUAUUCAGCAAUUAUACAGCACAAAAAAUUAGGAGAUACCAUGAUCUUUAGGGCCCUUUUUCUUCAUAAAAAAAUGCUUGCAAUCUCAGAAGAUACAAUAUCCUUUUAUUGUCGUCUUUCAACCCUCUUCUAUUCCAGAAAAGAAAGUCAAAAUCACCGAAAAGCUGAAGAGCGCCGUCCACCAUCUCCAGGCUCACGAACUCGCCGCCAUCAAGGAAGCCUUUCACGGGAACAACACUUCGUUGAGUGGGAUCCUCGACGAGAUCAAAGCCAAGGUGCCAUCCCUGAAGCAACACCUUUCCGAGGACCUGGACAAGGCCAAGUCCAAAUUUGAAAGCUUGAAGAGCAAACUCGAGGCUCAUGCUGACAAGUUCAAGGCCAAGGGAAAGGAAAUCUUCGACAAGGUCAAGCAAGCCCUCAAGAAGGACAGUGACGAGUAA